AUGCGAGUAAUACCUAUAAGAGAAAAUCAUGGAUCCGACAAGGGCGGGACACGGGUGGCAGAUUUCGGUGACGUCUUUCCAUUGAAAGCAUCUUUCAAUGAGGGAACCCCAGAAAAUACUGGUGGCUUUAUUAAUCCUUGUGAACUACCAAUUGGUAGAAAAGAAACAAUAAACCGAUUAACAAAUAUGUCGCUCCAAAUAGAGCGAGAGCGCAGCCCGUUGGCUUUUUUAAUGAAUCCAAAUAACGCUAUACCGGUCGAGGAGAAAAACAUGAGAGUUGAGGAUUAUUUGAACGACAAAAUCCAAAUUACCGCAGACCUGGGCAGUCUAUCAAGCUUAUUAGACAACGUAGAACUGAAAAAAAAUCAGCUGGAUGAGCAAUUGAAAGAUGCGAAAGCCAAGCUCGCAGAGGCCAAAAGAGCCGCCGCGAAUCACACUUCGUCGAUGGCUCAACAAACGCAAGCCUUUGAGCGACAACAAGAGGAUUUACGAGAACGAAUAAUGGUAGUUACAUCUUCAAACACUGUAGAUGAAGCAGUAAGACGCUUGGAAGGACCGAUGGAGAGACGACGCCAGGUCGAACUCGCACAAGCAUAUAUUGAACUAUUGAAGGAUGUCGAUGAUAUGACCAAGGAAGCUCGUCAAAAUCUACCUGACAACCCCACUCAGGCCCUGAAGCCAUAUGUGCGAUUAAGACAACUUGCGAUGGCUUUACGAGCGGCUCAGGAGCCAGCGGAAGGUGCUGCGAUUCAUAUAGUCUCAUAUGUGGAACAAACCUCGACUCAACUUUGGGUACAAAUGGUACAAAUCAUGGUCAAAGAAUUCCAGGAUAUACUCAAAACAUUAAAUUGGCCUGAUCUGGAGGUUGAGAUUUCUAGGGAAUGGCAAACAUGUUUUGGAAGACUUUUGGAUUUACAAGCCCCAGAAAUUAGAGAAGCUCGGGAACCUUUGAUACUUCUACCUUUCGCUGUUCUAGUCAAGGAUAUUGGAUUGAAAUUUCGUUAUCAUUUUAUGGGAACCACGCCUACCAGUGCUAGUAACGCUCUCGGGGAAUACUACUUGAACUGGAUCCUCGAUGUGAUAGAUGCGCAUGAGUCCUAUCUCCGAGAUAAUGCUGGACCUGUUCUGGCUGCACACUUUUUGGGUAGUCCUCUGGCUGUGAACUCCCUUUACGUAGAUCCUGUAUCCGCCUUCAUCACAGCACUCUUGCCACUAGUCAAAGAAAAAACCGAUAUUGUUCUUGUGGAUAUCAAGCACGACUCCGCGCUUUUGAGUAAAUUCAUAGGCCAAUUAAUGAUUUGGGAUGAAAGUGUCAGAAACAAAUACAAGUAUGACAGUGGUAACAUUGAGGUUGGUUGGGUAGGCGUGACUUGGCAUGUCCUAGACAACUGGUUUGAUCCCUGGUUAGACGCUGAGGAGAGAUUCGCCCUCCAGAGAUACGAAGAGAUAAUACAAUCGCAAGAUAAUGGACUUAUUGAUUACGACAGCAAUGAAUUCAAGAAGACCAAAACUACCUUCGGGGCUACAAAGAUUACUGAUCUCUUGAAGACCAUCACAACACAAUAUAGAGAUCUACGAAGGGUCUCACAUAGAGUUCGAUUCUUCCUUAAUACUCAAACAAGUGUUCUUCAUAGAUAUCAAAUUCGGCUAGCCGAUUCUCUGGAAGCCUACAUAUCUUUAACCUCAACGGUUGGCCGUACUUUGAAAGGUUAUACCAAAGAACAGCAACAGUCUGUCGAAGGAAUGGCAGGGCUUAUCAGUCUUUGCAAAGUUUUUGGUAGUGCAGAUCAUAUUGUCUCGACACUGGAAUCUUUUGGCAAUGAAGAGUUCUUCGUGGAAUUAUAUUCCAAAUUGGAUGAGAGAGCACAAGGUGUACAUCCCGAUAGCGCCAUCGCUGGCCCUAUUACAUGUUCGCAGCUCAAGCUGUCUACUUCUCUCAAGCUAGGCACAGGCGAGGGAUCAAUUUUCGAUACAACCAUCCAUGGCUUCCAAAAAAUACGGGACAACGCGGGAGACCUUCUACAACAAGCGAUCAGAUAUACAUUUCCAGUCGCAUUUAGGCCUUAUCUCACUCAGGCACAAUGGACUACAAUUGGACAAGACCCCCAAUCUACAUAUUAUACGUCUUCUUUGACAAUUUCGGCCGAGCUCGAUCAUCCUCUUCAGGUGAUCAAAGAGAAAAUGGCAUAUCUCGAGAAAACCAUUUCGUACCCCGCAUUUAUGCGAAUUUGGCGCCAAGCGAUCUCAGCUCUCGAAGACUUACUUUUUAACGAAGUCCUCCUGAAACAAGAUUUCACAACAUUAGGCGCAGCUCGCUUCUCCCAGGAUCUGAAAGGCAUCCAAAGUAUCAUUGGUGCAUAUCUACCAUUAGAGAAUUCUUCAUUUAUGAUGGCACGGCUUACGCAGGGUAUUGCGUUGCUCAAUCUGCCAAUCGAGGUAUCGGAUGAGGAAGGCUUGUCUUUAUCUGAAGCGGGAGAGAAAAUCUACGCGGGUAGACAGACCUGUGAGUGGGUUCUGGCUAAGUUGCAUCUGGAUAUGCUGGAUAAUCCUAGUGCGAGACAAAUCAUUUUAAGGAGAGUUGAGGCAAAUGAGUAA